AUGGUCUCAGACAUCAGGCGAGAAACUCAAAAAGGCGCCGUACCCUUUGAAGCUGCCAUAAUACAUUCUGGCCGGGCUAAUCAAUGGAGCAAAGCAUUGCAGUUGAUCUUCGAAGCGUCACGAGUGAACGUAAAAUUAAGUCCAACCCCCUUCAUCGCGACUGUCAGCGCAUGUAGGAAAGGCAGGCAAUGGCAACGGGCCUUGUCGCUGUUCAGUGAAAUGUGGAAGAUGAAGAUUGAGCUCGACGUCAUCAGCUACAGCGCUGGAAUCAGCGUGUGCGAGAUGGGCGGGCAGUGGCAGCAGGCUUUAUCCCUGCUCAGCGAGAUGCGGGAGGCAAACGUGGCGCCCAAUGUCAUCAGUUACAGCGCUGGGAUCAGCGCCUGCCAGAAAGGCAAGCAGUGGCGGUGGGCCAUGUCGCUGCUUCGCGAGAUGCGGGAGGCGCAGUUGGAGGUCAACGUCAUCAGUUACAACUCUGGGAUCAGCGCGUGCGCGAAUGGCGGGCAGUGGCAGCGGGCUCUGGCGUUGCUCGGAGAGAUGUGGGAAGACAAGUUGAAACCCAGUACGAUUACACAUCGUCACUUACAAUGCUGGGAUUUGCGCGUGCGAGAAAGGCCAGCAGUGGCAGCGGGCGUUGUCGUUGUUCAGCGAGAUUUCGGAGGCGAAGCUGGAGCCCGACGCCAUCAGCUACAAUGCUGGGAUUAG